AUGAGGGGAGAGGUAAGGUUGGCCGGUCUGGAUGCUUCCGUAACCACUGAAGAACUUAUCGAGGCAGUUGCCAGGGCGGGUGGUUGUGAGGCGGCUAACGUCCGCCUAGGCUCAUUCAGACUGGCAAGAAAUGGAAUGAGGACGGUCUGGCUGCAGUGCCCCCUGGAAGCGGCAACCAGACUUGCAGAAACUGGAAAGAUUAGAGCUGGAUGGUCCACGGCACUUGUAGCGCUGUUGAAAAGGAGGCCCCUCCAGUGCUUCAAGUGCUUUGCCACGGGUCACGUUAGGGAUAACUGCCCAAGCGAAAUUGAUAGAGCUAACAACUGUUUCAACUGUGGCGAGCCUGGCCACACCAUGAGGGAAUGCGGUGGCCCACCGCGGUGCCCGCUGUGCAAAGAGAAGGGCCUGCGAUACGACCACAGAGCGGGAUCCGAGGUCUGUCCGCCAUGCCCACCAAGAAGGACCCAGAGUGGGAGCCCAAGGCGCGGAAAAGUUCAGGCCAAUCGGAGUAAUGUGGCCGAAGAACAGAGGACUAAAUAA